AUGUCGCUCACACAUUCGCUGGAGCGCCUGUGGAGGCCGCUAGCCACACGGGCAACGACCUCCCUCGCCUCGUCACAAUGCCGCCGCCACGCCUCGACAGACAUUGCCGACACCAUCACCGAACUCGAAGGUGGUUCUUCUCUUCGCAACCUCGACAAUGCCGACAUUGACAACUUUGCCUCUACCUACGACCCCGUCGGUCGCGCCAGCAAGCGUAACCGUCAACUGCCCGCCAGCAGAUACAAGUUCCGUCCGCCCAAGUACUACCGCGGUCCUCUGCACCCACACCAACCGCCGCCAAACUCUGAUCCUGCAUCGAGAUUGUUUGUUCCUGGACCCUUUUCUGCACCUAGACUCGAGCAAACCUAUCAAUCUACGUUUGAAAGCGAUCUCAUGACUCUGGCGUAUACGCAUUACCCUCCCGGAUACAAGGCACCACCAAAGGCAGCCCGUUUGCGUGCUUGGGAAGGCGCUUCCCCAUACUACAAGAACCGUCCUCUCAGAGGCCCUCGAGGAAGUGAUGUAUUGCGUUUGUUGCGCAAACCAAUCACCUUCCGCAACGUGCCCAAACUCGAGAAGAUCACCGUGCACACCAUGGUCAAAGGCGCCCUCGACGACUCAGCACACUUGCACGUUGCAGGUAUGGUCAUGCAAGCAAUCUCAAACGUUCGUGUGACAACCCACAAGACUCGCAAAAACGUUGCUGGGUUUGGACUCAGGGCGGGUCAGUAUGUGUCUGUCACUGCAGAGCUUCGCGGAGAGGACAUGCAGCAUUUCUUGGCCAAGGUUAUUGAUAUCGUCAUGCCCAAGAUCAAGGAGUGGAAGGGUGUCAAGGGUAGUUCCGGUGAUUCGAGUGGUAACUUGACGUUUGGAUUUACGCCCGAGGAGACGGCUUUGUUCCCGGAGAUUGAGGUCAACUAUGACAUGUACCCUCCCAAGAUGAUUCCUGGCUUCCACGUUACCGUCCACACCACCGCCACAAACGACAGAGACGGCAGACUGUUGCUCAGUGCCCUCGGUAUCCCCUUCUACGGCAAGCAGAUCAACUAG